UUGAGUCAGAUGUUUCAAUCUUACUUUGCGCGAUGUGUACUGGUUUCACCUCUCGCCUCCUGACCCGAUAAUUCUACUUUUCAUCAACUGGUAUUCAGGCUACUACUUUCACUCGUGUUCCCAUUUCCGAAAGUCAACAGCACUGCCAAAGUGUGUUUCGUUAGAUUAUUCAUAUGACAGUUUUAUCGCUUAUGAAAACGCACAAGAAUUUUUGGACGAAUAAUUAUAGAAACGUCGGUAUAUAUUGUUUAAUUUAAUAUAUCCGGUACAAUGCCGUACUAUAUUUGUAGUUAUUACAAUUCCGAGUUCAGAUUAUAAAUUUGUUUUGUUAGUCACCUGUUUGAUUCUACGAAUAAAAAGAAACAAUAACAACUUAAUAAUCGUUUAAAGUGCGAACUCUUUAAUUCCGUAGUUACUUUAUAUCUGAAGUUUGACAUCAGCCAGAGGAAACACAGGCAAGAAGCUUGAAGAAGUAGACAUGAAACCAAAGGACUUCUCGAAACCUAAGUAUCAUGGCACAUUCAAAAAAUUCCUCUUGAAGCGUUAUUUGAACGGAAGCAACAAUAACCAGUUGGACUCCAGGGAGAGUCGAGACUUAUCCACAGAAGAGAUUCUUCCUUCUCAGACUCCAAGUCCGGGAUUAGACACAAAACCUCUGCUUCAGAAUAUCCUCCAACAAGGUGCUCAACAACUGCCUUUUUCUGUGUUCUACAACCAACAGUCCCUAGUGACGUGCAGUAGUACCACAGGGUCUUUGCCACCAAGUCCAGCGGAUAGUGGAGUUUCCGACGUAGACAGCAGUAGUGGUCAUCUAAGCACAGAAGAGUAUAAGACUAAAUUACAGUCUGCAUCAGAAUCGCCUUUACCAGGAAACAUACACUACUAUCGUUCUGUCCCCCAUGUGGCUCCGCAGCCUUACUUUUCUUUAUUCAAGUAUCCCAAUUCAAAUUCCCCGGGAAUCGUUCCUCAUUGUUACUCAGAGACUCACUACAGAUCUCUACCAGUUCACUCCUGCAGAGAUUUAUUCCCUCACGAGAAUCCACACAGCUCUCUCUCCCGUACGGUUACGCACAACUCUCCAUCCUCAGCUCCUUCACAUCGAUUAUCCUUCACUCCCCAACAUUCAACACAUCAUUUGGGAUUGCCGCCUUCCUGGUCACCUCCUCACUUCCAUGUUACCAGCACAAGCCAGGUACAUCCACAAACUUCUCAUGGACCCCACAUUAGGCUUGUUCCUUCUAGUUCCCCGUCGUCCUCUCGAAAUCAUUCGCCAACAGGAAGACCUUCAGCCAUUCCAACUUCUGUUAUUACCACAGCUAACAACACUGUUUCGCUUGGCUCUGACCUGGACUCAUCGUGUUACGUUGAAGACCUAUCUCGUCAGCCGAAGCCUAAGAAAAAAGCACGAAAAUUAAAGAAUCCUGAUGAUAUUUCUUCUACGAAGAGAAAAAGUCGAGAAGGUUCUACAACUUAUCUGUGGGAGUUUCUGUUGAAAUUACUUCAAGACAAGGAAUACUGUCCGCAAUAUAUUAAGUGGACAAAUCGAGAAAAGGGAAUUUUUAAACUUGUAGAUUCUAAAGUUGUGUCAAGACUCUGGGGAGUUCACAAGAACAAACCAGACAUGAAUUACGAAACAAUGGGCCGUGCCCUGAGGUAUUACUACCAACGUGGAAUUCUGGCUAAAGUGGAUGGACAGAGACUAGUCUAUCAAUUUGUGGACGUUCCGAAGGAUAUUGUACAGAUCGAGUGUUCAGAAUGAUCCAUUAUGAAUUUUCGUGGUAUCUUCUAGAAAAUGGCCAAGUCUGUGAUGUUAUUGUAUUUGUAACUGUUUGAGCUGUAAGCUCGUGAAUAAUAAGGGAUUAAUUAACCUUCUGUAAUAGACACUUUUGCUGUGCAUUAGAGAGUUUGAGUGACAUAAGUAUCCCUAAGAAAAGUGUAGAAACUAGGUUGUUGAUUUGAAUGAAGAGGGUAUAUAUUUUUAUAUCAGGGAUACUUUAUAUGCUGUUGUUAAUCUAAAAUAUAAAAUACACGUUAUUUAUUUUUAUCACAGUAAUCUCUUGCAGUUUUCAGUUCUUCAAGACGAUUAGAGAAAUUCAUUUGCAACUGAAUUUAUAAAAUCUAUUUAUAUAUGGUGGUAUAUAUUUACAUGCGCAAAAAAAUGGUGAGUGAUAAGUCUGAACCAGAAGUUCGAAACAGUUUUUACAUCAUAAUUUAACAUCGAAUGAAGUUUUAAUUGAAAAGGAAGUAUGUCAACGAAACUGAAAGUUUACACGUGUACUUAAACUCUGUCAGGUGACAGUUCUUCUGUUAGCUAGUGAGAGAAGUAUAUGAUAAUAUUUAGAAUAAAAUAUAUUUUGUGCAUCCUUAACACAGCUUGAUCACACAUUUAUCUUACUGCUAUCCUUUAGCGAUAUUUAAGAUAAUUCAGUAUAAUUAAAACACUUAUGUGCUGAUGAUAAAAUGGCGUGUUAUUCGUAGGGUUAUAAGAAAAUACAAAAAAUGGACGUUCAUUCAAUACUGUUUACUUGUGAGUUUAAAGAAUGUUUUUAUUUUCCUUUCUUUAAAACAAUUAUGUAAUUUUGAAAAAAACAAUUCACGUACAUCAAUUUUAAACGACAGGUAACUCCAGUUACAGUAACAAGUUGAGUAGUUGUAUAAUUUAUAGCACAGGUACAUACACCUUUAGGGGAAUAUUUUAUAUUGUAUCACGAUAAAUAAAUGAUAUAUGAUAAAAAAAUUAUUAUUCGGAUUUAUCCUGUAGAACUUACCUAAAAGUUAAACUCUAUCUGUUUAUUAAACAAGGUGGGUCUUUUUAUUUUAUUUGCAAGAAAAAAGUUCUCGCUCUGCUGUGCUAGUAAUGGAUUGCAUAUUAAACCGACUUGAGAUUCAUAGCCUCAAUUCUCUUUUUCAUUGGUCAGAAAGGCUUUGGGUGGAGGGGUGGGGGACAAAGAAUACCGACCUCUUAUGCUUCCCCAUUCAGCUGAAGACCCUAUGGUAUGGCAGCCUGACCUGAAAUGUCUCACAGAAACUGUCAUUGUGGACCCCUUUCCUAAUUUGAGGGGGAUGGCUGCUUCUGUCGGUUCCCGAAUGACGACCUUGAGUGUAUGAACUUCAGAAAAUGUAGCAUUUAUAGCUUUCAAAUAGAGCAAUUCCUAAAGUAUACGUGGUAAACGGACAUGCACUGUAUGGCAGCUUUAAAAUUAUCAACAGACAUGGCGGAUGGGACUGAUGUCUCCCUGGCUUCUUCGCCUAUUUCAUAGAUGAAAAAUCUAACUGUUAAAAACACGUAUGUUAUUACGGAAAACAUCGUGUAAUAUUCCGGUCAACGGUUUGAAGGAGUUCGUUACGUUCACGUGUGUUUACAUUUUCGUGUGAUAAUGUCAGGUGUUGUGAUGGGUUCAAGUAUUACUUAGUAAAUGCACGAUGAAAAAUCGUCAAGAUAAACAGCGUGAAAACACUUUUUUAUAAGAUUAUUGUGUAAUCAAUGACAGACUUAAGCUCUAAAUAAGUACAACAGUGGUUCUUAAGUUGCAUUGCACCAAAAAACGCCAAACAACUAGCCCGGCAUGGCCAGGUGGUUAGGGCGCCCGAGUCGCAAUCCGAGGGUCGCGGGUUCGAUUCCCCGUCGCACCAAACAUGCUCGCCCUUUCAGCUGUGGGGGCGUUAUAAUGUGACGGUUAAU